AUGAGUGGCGUGGUAUUCGAAGUGGAAGGCACUCGAAUAUUCGGGCACAAGAACCUUUGCAUGCGAGCUCAGUGCUUCCGUGCUAUGUUUAUGGGCGAUGAUGAUGAUGCGAUGGGAUUUUUCGUGGCUGCUGAUCAGUUCGGUAUCGAAAGCCUCAAGCACCUCUGUGAGAGUAAAGUUUGCCAAUCAUUGACCAUCGAAUCGGUAGCAAGGGUGCUCGAGAUUUCUGAUCGUUAUCACGCGACAAAGCUCAAAAGUUAAUGCGAAGCAAUUAUCACCGCCAAUUUUGAUGCCGUAUCAAAAACGCAAGAGUUUCAAGAGCUUUUCCAAACGGAUGGCCAAUUAGCAUUGGAUGUAAUGAAGCUCCAACUGAUGCCGUGAUUGAUCGUGCGGACUACUUUGUGAUCAAACGUGCACAACUCAAGAUCAAUCGUUGAUGCAUUUUUCAUUUCAAGAAUUAAGAUUCCCUCUUCAUUCAUUUCAAAAAAUGUACCUUGGAAUACAG